UUCUUCAGUAAACUUAGUUUGUUUCUUUCCACUAUACGCACUGAUGUUCAUUGCACGAGUACGUGCAUAAAACUCACGAUAGACGAUUCCUGGUCACCUUCCUACAAUUUUUUUUUUUUAGGUACACAAAUAUUUACAUACAGUAAGUACAUAUUCUCUUUGCAUUCAAGAACACAUUCUUAGAAUAGGCACACACUAAUGAAAAUUACGUCUUUAGGCCUAUUAUAACAAAAUGUUAAGCACUUAAAUGUCCAGAUUUAAGCCUGAAAUUCCACACAAAAUAAAAAUUCAAAAUGCAUAACUAUGUAUUGGUAUUUUGAAAUCCAAGGCAUUUAAAUAUGACAUAUAUGAAUAAGGUACUGCACUUCAUCCAACACAAAUACACACAUUAGGAUUAUCUCUGAGAUCCUUUCCACAAUUAUGUAGCAUGAUUAGACUGAUUAUAAACUUAGUCGUUGACAAUGCACAAACGAGUAACAUUUGUUAUUGAAAACAUGGUGAAAGGAGUCUCUAAAAAGACAGGGAUUAAUGUCUGUGUAUCACUGUUUUUUAGUGGCAUAUCGUAUGUGCUCUGAUACACACACAAACUGUCUUUAGUAAUUCUCUCUUUUGACCUCCAAUGGUUCAAGCUCUGUCAAAAUUUAUUUCCAGUCAAUUCAUCAUUAACAUAAUUCAGGAAAGUGUUCAUAUAUUUAUUGCUUAAAUAACAUUUUAGAGUUUGAUAAUCCCUCAGAAAGUAAAUAAUUUUAUGCUUGAGUGAGUAAACUUGGGCUGUGCUUGAGUCACAUUUUUAGUCAAUCUAAUAUGUACUCUGCAAACACAAGAAUGUUGAGCUACCGUAAAUGAAGCUUUAAGAAACUUGGACUGCUGAAACAUUUGUUCAUGUAUAGAAAGAGCUCACUGGUUUCCUUCCAACCACCCGUGCAAUUCAGGUCACGAUGUGGAACAUCAGUGAGCUCAUAAAGGGCUUUAGUCACAAGGGUGCCUGAAGAGAGACAUCCAGGUCUCAAGUGUGUGACGGUGACUGUUAUGUAAGAGGUGGGGAUAUUACAGUAACUGGGGAUUACUUGUGUUCGAGUGAAAAUGCUGUGUCGGGGCUAAUGGGAAAAUCUACGUAUGUGUUCUGUGUAACCUUAGUGACCAGGGCAACAUUCAGCUUCCGUCAUCGGAAUGUAACCUAAAUAAACAACAGGCAUAACGCACAAAAGUAGGUUCAGGGGACAAGUGUCUGUGAAGAGUUGAAUUCUCAGAAGGUCACCUGGUCUUAGCUAUAUUCAAACUACAUGCAGCAUAGCAGUAUUUUUGAGUAUUUAUAGUACCAACUCUUUCUCCUUUAAGUGUACAAUACAACUUAUAAACUCUUUAAAGUAGUGUGAAAUUGUUUCACACUUGUAAAAAGUAGUUUGAAAGCCUAAUAAUGGUAGCAAAUUGGCUCAGAACACGUUGAUAUAAAAACCAAAAACACACUGAAAAAAACAUUUUUUAUAAGGCCCAAAUAUACAUUUUUGGCACAUAGUCUAGUGGAGUAAAGGAAUCUUCACCGCAAAAACUACACUUAAAAUGUAUAUAUCUUUUUCUUUUGAAAACAAAACAGGAAUUUCCAAACAAGUUGCAACUGAGCUGCUGUUUUCCUUUAAUAGAGUACCACAUCCAUUCCACACAACUUAAGUCAAUAACUUCCAGUAAAACAGAAUGUGACAAGAUUUAAGAUGGGUAAAAAUGCUAAAUGUUGUCAAUACAUAUCUAUUAUCAAAAUUUAGCAGCAUUAGUUGUUGAGCAAGGGAAAAUGGGCUGCUUCUGUGUAAUUGAACCUCAACACUCUCCAUUGCUCCAACAUAAACUUGUAUCUCGUCAUGCUCAAGGACUCUGGAAAGUGACCCCAGUGGUGACACACUCAAGGCCAAACAGUCCUCCUUGAACACACUGAUAACUUUAAUUUUAGAAUAACAAACACAUACAAUACCAUUAACAUGAACAUCCAUUAAAUGAAUGGCAGUUAGUAAGCAAUGCUGCACAACAUGUUGGAUAUAACAAAGUGGGCAUAUUAUUGCUAACAUUUUUUGACAUCCAAACACUUUUCAAGGGUACGCUCCAUGGAACAGCUACAUUAUAUCAACUAUAAGUCCCUGUUUCUUUACAGCAAACAUUUUCUGUCUAAUAUAAUACAAGUUAACUUUGUCAGAUUUCACUAAAAUUUGUUUUGCAUCAUAGCAGUUCUAUACUUCAGGGCAAUGGUAUACAGUAUUACACAUCAAGGGCAAACAAGGAUAUGAGAGAAAAAGAAAAAAAUAAGUAGAUGAAUAGAUAGCGACAGAUAGAUGCGCAUAACUCAUAUGUGCAUUGAUUCUUUGACAUGACCGUUGGACAAAUAUAUUUACAGUAAACCCAACUUGAUCAGGCAAGGGUUAAUAAAUGACAUCAUUCACAAAUGAAGCGCGACAGCACUCUAGCGCCACCUGUACGUAUUCGUUGCACCUUGCAGCUCAGCUCACAGAAAUGGGCCACGGAAGGGCAGCAGUGAGCUGAGAUUUCCAUUAAAAGAUGCGUCAGUCGAGUCUUUUCGAAUUUUAAAAGACGAACGGCUUGCACUUGUUUUCAGAAAUAAUACUUUUAAUGACUUCAGCAAGUAGAAUGUAUUACAGACGUGCGUAGUUUUAGCCUAUGCUUUACAUUCAUAGAGUGCUAAUUUCAGCCGACUUUCGGAAACGGCCGUUUUGAGCCAAGCUGCCAGAGUUACCUGUUGAUUUACACCCGAAACAUCAUCUUAGGUGACUUCCCACCCCCAAAAUUACCCCAAUUAAACUAUCAAGUUGUGAGACAGCGAAAUCAAACAGGACUGGAGUUCCCCAUUCUUGAUCGGGAAAGACAAAGACUCCCUGACGAGCAUUACAGUACACAAAUAUUUCAAAUACCAUUGAGGGAUAAUCGCCGUGUCUCGUCACCAAACCUCACAGAAAAUAAAGAAGUCGGCAAUUUAGUUUCCUAACAGACAAAGUCCGCAACUUUACUCCCGAUACAAGUGGGUUUAAACGGUUAAUUGUACAAGUUAUAGUCGCCUCAGCGUCCGAGCGAGUCCAGUCGGUCCCGGUGGCGCGCAGCCUUUCGGAGCGGGAUUUUUACCGCGCAGACUCGAGCCGCUGGAACGGGUAAGAGUGUAUACAGCACCUGUUCUCGCCUAAAUUUUCUACACUUAUUUCUGUAAAGCCCGCUACAUAAUGUGAAAGUUUAAUAUAAUGUCUAAACGAGACGAAAGGGCAGUUCCCAGAGUUCGAUAAUGAUCUGCCACACCCCCUGGCCCUGCUUGGGAGUCGCCAGGACUCCCGCACCGCGGACACGCACUGACACACACACGGACAGGUACAGGUGGAGUGUACGUAACCUCGAGGCGGGCCGCGGACGCGGCUCCUUCGGUCUGGCCGUCCGGACCUGUUGCGCAUGUUUUCUUGGAGUAGCUGGACGGUUCCCAGCGCGCGGAGGAACGGGCGGCACGCGCUGCCCCGCCUCCUCUCUCCCGCAUUUCCAUCAUGACUUCGUGCGGACGGGCGGUUCGACUCAGUUUGAGGCUCCGGACCGCAUCACUUCGAAGCGGUUCUGCCAGCUGCGCCACAACUUGUCAGUUGUAGGGCUUCACUGCUUGGUGCGGCGUCUCCGGAGAACGGGACCAUCCCGAACAUGGUCGCAGACACUCUCCAUGCCAGCCAUGACCCGCUCCGCGUCCCACAAACAGAGGUCGCUUCUUAAUAUUUUGUGCCACAUCCUUUUUCUGUGGACCAAAGAGAUGGCUGGUCUUGCGGACUUCUCAAAUUACCUGCUGAGGAUCAUCAGGAGCCACUCAGCUCAGGUGUGUGACGGAGGACAGUUGCACCUGCAGUGCCCACGACAUUCUUCCAUCUCGGUGCAUUCCGCCUUUUACGGCCACUCCGGGGCGCCGCGAUGCUCCGGGGCCUUGUGGCUCCCUGAAGACAGAGCGAGAAAUGGAACCUGCUCCUCGGCCGCAGCCCUACAGAAGGUCCUCUCAGAAUGUCAGGGACACCGGGAUUGCCGAGUCCCGGUCAACCAUAAGGUCUUUGGAAAGGACCCGUGUCCCGGUAUUCACAAGAACCUUUGGGUGUCAUACAAAUGCAAGCCCACGGAGCACAAGAAGAAGGUGGGGUGUGAGGGAGAAAAUGUGGUCCUGCGCUGCAAGAGCCCUCGGCUGCUCAACAUCUAUUCAGCUGUGUACGGCAGACUGCUGGGUGAUGAGGAUGUGUGCAUUUCACGGGAUGGAAUACUGCCUCCCUUUGAGUGUUCCUACUAUGGAGCAGUGGAGCUGGUGACCAAGGCCUGCUAUGGCAGACAGAGGUGUGUCAUUGCGGUUAAUGAUCACAACUUCAGAGACCCCUGCUCCCCAGGGACAAGGAAGUAUCUCACCAUCCUCUAUGCAUGUGUGCCUCUGGUCUUGUUGAAAGAGGCUGAUCCCAGUUUAGUGAGCCCUACAACAAUUCCCAUGUUGAAAACUGAGCGAGUUGUUCCUGUAGGAUCAGUUCCUUAUCCAAAGGGGACCAAACUGCCAGAGAGUAAUGGGAUUGUGAGCAACUCGCUGACUCUGUAUGCUUACAUAAAAGCACACCCCGAGCUGACUGCAUUGUUGUUCGUGUCCAGUGUGUGUGUUGGGCUACUUUGUGCCCUCUUGGCACUGUCUGUGAAGGUGUCAUGUGGCAGGACAACCUCACGGUGCUGGAACAGAUGGGACCCCACAAGACAGGCAACAGGAUGGAGGAGUGGGUGUGACAUGGAUGACGACAGCUCGGAGCUGAGUAGCUCGCUACUCUUGGGUGACGAGGGAAAGGAAGGGUGCUGUGGGGAGUCUAUGGUGCCAGGAACCAGUGCUGCAGAAGCUGCUGAGCUGGCAGAGAGGAUUGAGAGGAGGGAACAAGUCAUUCAGGAGAUCUGGAUGAAUGCUUAUCUCAAUGGCACCUCUCAGACUUGGUCCAUGUCACCUAGCAGCAUGGCUCACUGUCCGCUGGACACCAUUUCAUUUAGCUAUUAACUUUGCUUUGGUGGCAGGCACUACUCAAGGACUUAUUUAACUUUCACAUCGGCUGUAGGGUGGAUAAAAUAAACGUGAUUAU